UUUUUUAUAUGCUCCUGUUUUAUGAUACUCUUUUCUGCAAGUUGCUUGUGAAAACAAUUUGUUUUUUAAUUUCUAACUGAAUUAUAUUUUUGCUUUACCUUAAGUCCACUUCCAGAAACAAACAGUCUGACGCUGACCCAUGUGGCUUAUCUUUUUAUUAAAUCAGCCAGGAGUCGUGCCCCCGAGUGCAGGGUGCAUAAAGAAGCCUGCUUUAAAAAGUCAACGGGUAGAGAGUUCUCUCUGCCUCCAAAGAUGAGCUGCACUUGUUCCGGAAUCUGAUUCGCCAAGGAGGCUGCGGACGCCCCGCCCCCAGGCUCGGCCGCCGCCCCUGAUUGGUCCUUCCCGUCGCCCGUCUUGGGGACACAGAGAGAGGCACGAGUUGGCCUGUAAGCCUGCGCUGGCUGCUUCUCAGUGUCGGACACGUAGUGGGAAAGAGCAGGUCCCGAUGCACAAGUCACGGCAGCCCUGGGCGGAGAUGAAGGCGGACUCCGACUGGCUCUGAUUUUUCAAAGCCCUUUUCAUUCAGGAGCUUGCUUGCCCAAACGGUCAUCGAUAUGGCAGAUCCCUUAUCCCCUGGACCCAACAUUGCAAAAAUGGCGUCACUUAGCCGGGUCCGAGCUUUGGCGAUGAUUUUCUUAGCUGUCACUGGCUGCUGUGUCACCCCGACAAGUGGCAAGGAGGGCUCCGAGGAGACCGUCAUCAUCGGGCUCCGGCUGGAGGACACGGACGACAUUUCCUUCAUGGAUAAAGGCUACCUGCGGGUGAGCGAGCGGUCUCGGGUGAAAUUGAGGGUCUACGGGCAGAACAUCAACAACGAGACCUGGUCCAAGAUUGCCUUCACGGAACACGAGCGGAGCCGGGCGGUGGGGGGCUUUGACAGCUCCUCGGGGGAUAACCAGAGCCGGGAGGACUCGUCCGGCUCGCAUCCCUGCGGAAUUAGGACUUCGGAUAUAAUUAUAUUACCCAACAUCAUAUUGAAUCGGAAAACAUCCGGAGUAGUCGAGAUUGAGGUCAAACCCCUGCGGAAAACCGAGAGGAGUAAAACGUACUACCUUUGCAUCGCCACCUCCACGCCGGCGGUGGCCGGGUUGCACGACCCGUGGACGGAGAACACCUGGAUCUACCACGACGGGGACGACACCAAAGUGAUAGUGGUGGAGGAGAAAAAGUUCCUGCUGCCUUUCUGGCUCCAGGUCAUCUUCAUCUCCAUGCUGCUGUGCCUGUCCGGCAUGUUCAGCGGCUUGAACCUGGGGCUCAUGGCUCUGGAUCCCAUGGAGCUCCAGAUCGUCCAGAACUGCGGCACGGAGAGGGAGAAGAACUACGCCAAGAAGAUCGAGCCGGUCCGGAGCCAGGGCAACUACCUGCUCUGCUCGCUCCUGCUCGGGAACGUGUUGGUGAACACCACGCUGACCAUCCUCCUGGACGACAUCGCUGGCUCCGGGCUCAUCGCGGUGGUCAUGUCCACCAUCGGGAUCGUUAUCUUCGGUGAAAUCGUGCCGCAGGCCAUCUGCUCCAGACACGGCCUGGCCGUGGGGGCAAACACCAUCUUCCUCACCAAGUUCUUCAUGCUGCUCACCUUCCCCGCGUCCUACCCGGUGAGCAAGCUGCUGGAUUACCUGCUCGGACAGGAGAUCGGCACCGUGUACAACAGGGAGAAGCUGCUGGAGAUGCUGCGCGUCACGGACCCCUACAACGACCUGGUGAAGGAGGAGCUGAACAUCAUCCAGGGCGCGCUGGAGCUCCGGACUAAGACCGUGGAGGACGUCAUGACGCCGCUGAGAGAUUGCUUCAUGAUGCCCGGGGACACGAUCCUGGACUUCAACACCAUGGCCGAGAUCAUGAGGAGCGGCUACACGCGCAUCCCGGUGUUCGAGGGCGAGAGGUCCAAUAUAGUGGAUCUGCUGUUUGUCAAGGACCUGGCCUUCGUUGACCCGGAUGAUUGCACGCCGCUCAAAACCAUCACAAAGUUUUACAGCCACUCGCUGCAUUUUGUGUUUAAUGACACCAAGCUGGAUGCGAUGCUGGAGGAGUUUAAAAAAGGAACAUCCCACCUGGCCAUAGUUCAGAGGGUGAACAAUGAAGGCGAGGGAGACCCCUUCUAUGAGGUUCUGGGAAUUGUCACCCUGGAGGACGUUAUUGAAGAAAUAAUCAAGUCAGAGAUCCUGGAUGAGACUGACUUAUACACCGACAACAAGACAAAGAAGAAAAUCACCCAUCGGGACAGGAAGCAGGACUUCUCGGCCUUCAAGCCCACUGACAAUGAAAUGAAGGUUAAAAUAUCACCUCAGCUUCUGCUGGCUGCCCUGCGUUUCCUAGCUACAGAGCUGGAGCCGUUCUUUCCGACGCAGAUGUCAGAAAAGAUCCUGCUGCGAUUACUGAAACUCCCCAACGUCAUCCAGGAGCUGAAAUAUGACGUGAAUAACAAGCGGGCAGCAGAGCACUACCUCUACCACAGGAACAAGCCUGUGGAUUAUUUCAUCCUCAUCCUGCAGGGGAAAGUGGAAGUGGAGGCAGGAAAAGAGGAGAUGAAGUUUGAAGCAGGACCAUUCUCCUUCUACGGGAUGAUGGCUCUGACAGCGCCACCUGUGCCGUUGUCUCUGUCUCGUACAUUCACCGUCAGUAGGGCAGAAUCAUUAGCGGGAUCUCCAGAGAACAAGUCUCCUCCGCGCUCAUUUGGCCUGAACCACUCAGACUCUCUGAACAGGAGCGAUCGCAUAGAGGCCAUCACGCCGACGCUGGGCAACAGCAACAACCAGCUCAACUCCUUGCUUCAUAUGUACGUCCCCGAUUACUCUGUCAGAGCGAGGUCGGACCUGCGGUACAUCAAGGUAACGCGGCAGCAGUACCACAACGCCGUGAUGGCGUCACGGAUGGACAAGACGCCCCAGUCCACGGACAGCGAGCUCACCAAGAUCGAGCUCACGCUGACAGAGUUUCACGACGGCGUGGAGACCCCGGCCAUCGUCACCACCACAGCCAGCACCACGAGCACCUCCCCCGCCGUGGCCGUCGCCAUGGCCAACGAGACGUCCCACCUGCUGACCCCGCAGCAUAACUGUGUGGGCCAGAACCUGGGCCUGAGCUGGAGCAACCACAGCGCCCACAACGAGGGACCCAUGUAGCCCUCAACCCCCCGCUGCGGCCGGUGGAGAGACCCUCCACCUUGUCCCCUGGACACGCAUGGAGCAGUGGUGUUAGGUGAAGAGGGAAAGUGGGCGGAGUCAGGGUUCUGCUCCAACCUGAAGCCCCAGUUCAGUCAGUGAAGACCUUUCCACUGUAGGGGUCGAUGGCAGCAGCGGGGACGAUGGGUCUCCAGAAGCCCCCCCCGCUGUACUGUCAGAACCAGUGAAACGAGUUUUUCAGCGGACUGGAGGACGACGGAGUGCAGGUCCGCUCGCAACAUAAUGCAAAGCUCGCUGGACUUUCUCUUCAGGCCAAAGACUUUGGUCCCGCCCCCAUCCCGCCGCCAUCCUCCUCCGUCCCGUCACACUGAAACAAACCCUCCGCUCCGGUGCUCCCUGCAGGGAGGCUCAGGCGACUGCUGGUCCAAUCAGACUCACACACAGAGCGACGGUUCGUCACAGACUGCACCAAAAGAAACCGCUAAACCGAGAACCAAGAAUGUUUGUUUUCUUGUAUUUAUUUAUUUUAUAAUAUUGUAUGUAUAUAUGUACACGUGGAGAAGUGAAAAAAUAAACUAAGAGCAUGCAUCCCCAGAACAUGCUACAUAUAUGAACAGCCACUCAUGUAUAUGAGGAGGUGAGAGUCUUUUACAGAAACUAUGUAUAUUGAAGAUCUUAUUAUUUUUACUAUUAUCCUAAAUCAGGCUUAUAGUAUCUUUUUCACCUUUUAAAAGAAAAAAAAAAAGCAAAUCACAUUAUUGCCUUGGAGAGAAAUUCUGUAAUUAGUUACUUUAACAAAGUGCAAUGAACAAUGAUUUAUUUAAGAGAUGAUUAUAAAAGAAGAUAAUUCAGUGUAUUCUAAGUUGGCAGAUGUAUUUGUAUGUUUGUGCUGUCUGUAUAUUUGUUUCUGAGAUGCGCUCAGCUGCGUCUCUUCCUCUUUGUUUCUGUCACGUUUUUGACCGACCUCAAGCACGUCCGGCUCAAGUGACGCCUUCACCAGUUACUGCAGCGUCAUAGUUUGGGUGGGGAGGGAGUGAAAGUGCCAACCAACAAAGGUAUCUAUGCAUGUGAGGUUCAAGUGUUUUUAUGCCUUUAGUUCAAUCAAAUGUAAGAACUGCACAGUAUUAAUGACCUCGUCCUAACACGUCAGAAAGAGCAACCUCGACAUUAAAUGAUGCACAGCUAAUGCUUCUCCACUGUUUUGCUUAUGAAUAUGUCUGUUUUGUUUGUUUUGUUUUGUUUUUUUUUUUAAGCUUUUUUGGACAACGUGACAGACACCAGGCUGUCACGUUGUUUUGGCUUCCCUGCAGAUUGUAGUUAAUAAUUAUUGUAGUUAACAGUUAUUGACUUGAUCCGAUUUUAAGAUGUUCUUCAACAAUGCUGGCUGCUAUUAAAGAGACAUAUUUAUACAUCGUUCUGAUUUUUACCGGAGGUAAGCUGAUUGUGUUUCAUUUGCAUGAUUAAAACAUAUUUUAAAGGAUAUUCCAGGGAUUGGCAAUUUUAACUAAAAACUGCUCUUAAAGUUACACCAAUUAUAGGAUUAUUUUGUAAAUAUUAGCUCCCAACCUCUCGUAUAACUUAUGAAAAUAAUAACACAAGUUAAAAAGUGCCAGCACAACAACAAACCCCUUCCUGAAGAUGUCUAAAAUAAUUCAGAUUAUUUAGAUUUUCUUAGAAAAUCUAGAAAUUUUUUGUAAGGGCGAAGCUGUCCUGUAAUCAACAAUUUUGCAUGUUUAAGCCUUUUGACGUUGACUGGUGUGAACAUGGGAAGUGACAGAAAAGCAACAAAACAACUAAAACUGAACCUAAUCUUGUUCCUGACUAGCAUUAAGCAAACAGCACAGCUUUUAUUGAUCAUGUUGUUUUAAUUGUUGUUAUCGAUAAACCUCAUGAUGAAAACGUUUUCAGCCAUGAAUUAGCUUGUUGAAAGCUAAUGAAUUCAUGCUAGCUAUCUUUAGCUAGCUAUACUACGGUCCCUUUCUUCCAGUGUCUAUGUGAACUAUAGAGUUUUAUUUAUGAAAUAACUGUAAUUGUUGCCAACUUCAUCUUUAAAGGGAUCCUAAAGCAGCUUCACAGUGUAAAUGCUAGCUUUCUGGCUACCACACCAGAUUUUAAUACCUGCAGCAAACAUCUUCAAAUUACACCUUUCUGUACGGCUUGUAAAGACUCUAUAUAAGCAUUAAAACGUAGAUGCCAUAAAAGCAUCAGUUGUAGUUUUAUUGAUGGAAAUCUUUUAAGCUUUUAAUUCUCUUCAACAUCAGUCGACACGAGAGACAUCAGCAUCUGCUAACUUUGUGGAAACAAACACACACACAGGGUAGAUGAAAGCUAGAAUAAAAACAACAUUUCGGGUCUAAUAUGUUUGAAAACCACCUUUGAACAGAUACUUUUAUUAAAAAGUCUUUGCCUAUCCCUGGGAUGUUCAGAGAAUUUGUUUUAUUGGAAAAUAUUGACUGGAUUUCUUGUUGAGUCAGCUGAAAGAUGUCUGCUUUAGACUUGGAGGAGAGGCAGGACAAGAAUGAGCAAAGAUUAGAUAUUUAUAUUAUACAAAAAAUUGAUUGUUUCAGACAAAAAAAAAA